AUGGCGAAUUUUGCAUCAGCAAGGAAUUGCAGCCUAGAAGGUUGUUCCUUCAAUUCUAAUGAACAUUUCCCAUCGAUAUCACAAAAUAGCGAUGGCCAUUUCUACGAUGUUAGUUUGUCUACGAGUCAACCAAUUUGUCGUAUAUGUCACUGCAGUGAAGAGGAUGAAGUCUUAAUGCAAGCUUGCCGGUGCAGUGGCUCUGUGGGUUUUGCUCAUCAAUCAUGCAUUCUCAAGUGGAUUAUGGGAUCUGGAACUACUUCUUGCGAGUUAUGUCAUUAUAUCUUCAAGACCGAGACAAGAAGCAUUAAAAAUAUUUGCAAGAUCAAAUUUCCAAAACCAAGUUUCAAAGGCUGGCUUCACAUCAUGCUCUUUUUUUCAUUGUUUCUUAUAAUGACAACGUCACUGACAUGGAUUUUGUGGUCGAGACUUAGCAACUCGUAUGAAGCAAAAAUGGAAAGAGUGAGUAAAGAAUCAGGAUAUGCGUAUGCUGUUAAUGCUGGCUUUAUCGCUAUUGCAGUUAUUGGUUUGUACGUAGAUAGCUACAGACAAUGUCGUUCUUACAUCACUCGAUGGUGUUUUGUUAACAAAGAAAUGGUUGUCCUUCCCUAUAACGGAGCCCAAGAAGUUGAAUUAUCUCACAAAACCACUGCCCACCUUGAUUCUUCUCAAAUAAAUGGAUCACAGAUCCUUUCAAGUCCUCGUUACUACAGCAUCAAUGACUGUCACAACCAAAGUGCAGACCUUGAAUCCAACAUAAGACGACAAAUACAAAUUUCAACGAGCACGAGCUCCAUGAAUGUAAGCAGUUAUUACUCAGCUUCAGAGACAAGCAAAAUAUUUAAGCAUUCUUUAUCAAAUGAAGACGACUCGCCUGGGAAUGUUUUAACGCUGUCUGUAUUUGUGGAUAAGAAUUCAUCCAAUCAUAGCACUCCAAAACAGCAAAAAAUGUUGGAGAAAAUUUGGAUAUUUAAUAGCUAAGUGAACUUUUGCAUUGCAAUCAAGACCAUUUUUUGAACGUUGAAAAAGUUGAUAAAAUUAAUGUAUGUCUAUGCUGGAAAACAUGGUACUAUACUUAUUAUGGAAUGGAUGAUUAAUGGAGUUUGUUAGUUUAGUAUUAGCCAUAGGAUCCAAAUGUACUAACAAGGUUGAUGCAUGGAAAAGACUCCAUUUAUCGAUGGGGUAUACAGAUCUAGCACUAAGCCCUGACAAAAUAAUCAAUUUAAAAAUUUUGUAAAUAUUUCAUUAGAAUUCUAAAAAAAUAACUGCAAAAAUUAGGAAUUUUUCUGUAAACCAAUUAAAUGUUUGGCACAAAAAUUUUUAUAUGAAAGUUUA